AUGAGUUGGAUGGACAGUUGGAGUCGACCCUCCAAAUCGCAAGCAACACCAGCACCCUUCUACUUGUUACCAGGAGGCGAAGCAACUCCAUAUUGCCAUUCAUGCGGCAGAGUGAUUAGCACGAGACGAACUACCGCGACAGCAAAUACCGAUACGCCAGCCAAGUACUGCUCGAGCCGAUGUCGCACACAGAAGCCCGGAAAGCUGGACCGUGAGCUGGAGAAAGCCUUUGUCAAAUUAUUGACGGCCGAAGAGACCACAACAGAUGAGGUCAAGAAGCAGGCAAAAGGUGGCAAGCAUAAGAAAAGGAAGAACAGCAAAGGCGACAAUCGGAUCUUGGUGCCCUGCAGCGCAGCAGAAGAACUGGUCUUUGGACCGAACCGAACGUCAAUGGAGGGAGAUAUUGAAGAACAUCACAGCGACGAGGAGGACGCGGAUGGAAGUGAACAAAGGCAAGCGCAAGCGCCAUCGGAGCCGCGAUCAUCAGAAGAUAUGGAUCCCUCAGGCAACAUCAAAGACGACAAUCGCAUCGACGGCGACGUUCUCGCCCGCAUGUCAGUCCGCAGCGGAACUCGCAUCCGCCCACCUCAAUCCGUCUCCGAAGUCAACGGCAGCGUCGGCGGCGAAAAAGGCCGAGCAGAACGAAUCCACGAAACAGAUGCGAUGCUCGAGAAGCGAAGACAGGGACAGAAACGCGCGAAGGAACGGGAAAUGACAAAGUGCGCUGCCCGACGCGGUGUUAUUUUUGGGUUCUCUGUCAGCGACGAAGGCGAGAAGCGUCUCUGUGAGGCAGUGAUGGCGGGAAAAAUCGUGGAACCGAGCUUUGCAAAGGGGGACUGGGCGAUAAGAUGGAGAGAAUGA